AUGGAAGUCAAGCAUGCGUUUCAUGUGCCUCAAGCGACGGGCGUGGCAUUAAUGAGAAUGGAGAACAUGGAAGCAUCCUCUAACGGAGACAUCCAAACCGAUUGGGAAACAAAGGAGGAGAAGAAAAAGAUGAAGAAAGAAUCAGUUUCAUUUGUGGGUUUGUUUAGCGCAGCAGAUAAAGUUGAUUACUUUCUCAUGUUCCUAGGCGGUUUAGGCACGUGUAUUCAUGGCGGUACGCUUCCGCUCUUCUUCGUGUUCUUUGGAGAAAUGCUAGAUUCUCUUGGCAGUCUUUCUACAGAUCCUAAAGCCAUGUCUUCCCGCGUUUCACAGAAUGCUCUGUACUUGGUCUACUUAGGUUUGGUCAAUUUGGUAUCAGCAUGGAUGGGAGUUGCUUGUUGGAUGCAAACAGGGGAAAGACAAACAGCUCGAUUGCGUAUAAAUUAUCUUAAAUCAAUCUUGGCCAAAGACAUUACUUUCUUCGACACAGAAGCUAGAGAUUCAAAUUUCAUUUUUCACAUCUCAAGCGACGCCAUCUUGGUUCAAGAUGCAAUUGGUGAUAAGACAGGCCAUGUUUUGAGGUAUCUAUGUCAGUUCAUCGCCGGAUUUGUCAUCCGCUUUUUAUCGGUAUGGCAACUUACGCUGCUUACGUUAGCAGUAGUUCCAUUGAUAGCAAUUGUAGGAGGAGUGUAUGCUAUUGUCAUGUCUACCAUCUCAGAGAAGAGUGAAGCUGCUUAUGAUGAUGCAGGAAAAAUCGCAGAAGAGGUUAUGUCACAGGUGAAAACGGUGUAUGCAUUUGUAGGAGAAGAGAAAGCCGUGAACUCAUACUCAAAUUCUCUCAAGAAAGCUCUGAAACUAGGUAAAAGGGGAGGUCUUGCUAAAGGUUUAGGAGUUGGAUUAACAUAUGGCCUCUUGUUUUGUGCUUGGGCUUUCCUCUUUUGGUAUGCAAGUCUUCUUGUACGCCACGGCAAAACAAACGGAGCAAAAGCCUUCACAACGAUCAUCAAUGUCAUUUACAGCGGCUUCUCCUUAGGUCAAGCAGCACCUAGCUUAUCCGCAAUUUCCAAAGGAAGAGUUGCUGCUGAAAAUAUAUUCAGAAUGAUAGGGAACAACAAUAUUGAAGGUUCCGAUAGAUUAGACGACAGUACAAUUUUGCAAAAUGUAGCUGGAAAGAUUGAGUUUCAUCAAGUGUCUUUUGCUUAUCCUUCGAGACCAAACAUGGUUUUUGAGAAUCUUAGUUUCACAGUACGGUCAGGCAACACUUUUGCAUUUGUCGGUCCAAGCGGUCCAGGGAAAAGCACAAUCAUAUCAAUGGUUCAACGAUUCUAUGAACCGAAAUCAGGGGAUAUUCUUUUGGAUGGGAAGGACAUCAAGAGCCUGAAGCUGAAAUGGUUGAGGGAACAGAUGGGUUUAGUGAGUCAAGAACCGGCAUUAUUCGCCACGACCAUAGCUUCCAAUAUUCUUGUCGGUAAAGAGAAUGCAAAUAUGGAUCAGAUCAUAGAAGCUGCUAAAGCAGCCAACGUAGAUACUUUCAUCAAAUCACUACCUGAUGGUUAUAAUACUCAGGUUGGAGAAGGAGGAACGCAGCUCUCGGGAGGACAGAAACAGAGGAUUGCGAUUGCUCGAGCGGUUCUAAGAAAUCCAAAGAUAUUACUCUUAGAUGAAGCAACAAGCGCCCUUGAUGCCGAAUCAGAGAAGAUUGUGCAGCAAGCACUUGACAAUGUCAUGGAAAAAAGAACAACGAUCGUUGUUGCACACAGAUUAUCCACCAUCAGAAAUGCUGACAAGAUUGUUGUAUUGAGAAAUGGUCAGGUUAUGGAAACCGGUAGCCAUGCAGAACUGAUAUCAAGAGGAGGAGAUUAUGCGACUCUUGUGAAUUGCCAAGAAACAGAACCUCGAUCAAUUAUGUCGGAAUCUUGUAAUUCUCAAGCUGGAUCUUUAAGUUCAAGAAGGGUUUCUAGUUCAAGGAGAGUAUCUAGCUCAAGGAGGACUUCAAGCUUCAGGGAGGACAAGAGAAGACUGAAAAAGAUUCAAAUGGCGAAGAUUUAAGCUCAUCUUCAAUGAUAUGGGAACUUAUAAAGAUGAAUGCUCCAGAGUGGCCUUACGCAUUACUUGGCUCAAUUGGUGCAGUUCUUGCAGGAGCACAACCUGCACUGUUCUCCAUGGGAAUUGCUUAUGUCUUAAACGCGUUUUAUUCGUCUUAAACAACGGAAAUAUCUUCAUCGAUGGACAAUUCAUAAAAACCCUAAACCUACGUAGCUUGCGCAAGAAGCUAGCAUUAGUCCAACAAGAACCAGCUCUGUUUUCAACAACCAUACACGAGAACAUCAAAUACGGUAAUGAGAACGCAACGGAGGCAGAGAUCAUCGAGGCCGCGAAAGCUGCGAACGCACACGAGUUCAUAAGCAGGAUGGAAGAAGGGUACAAGACGCACGUGGGUGAAAAGGGAGUGCAGUUAUCAGGUGGUCAGAAACAGAGAGUGGCUAUCGCGAGGGCGGUUCUGAAGGAUCCUUCAGUGCUUCUCCUAGAUGAGGCAACGAGUGCUUUGGACACAAGCUCCGAGAAACUGGUCCAAGAGGCGCUCGACAAGCUGAUGAAGGGUAGAACCACGGUGUUGGUGGCUCAUAGGCUCUCGACCAUAAGAAAAGCAGACACCAUUGCUGUAUUGCAUAAGGGAAGAGUUGUGGAAAAAGGAUGUCAUAAAGCGCUUGUUUCUAAAUCUGAUGGAUUUUAUAAGCAAUUGACGAGUCUUCAAUGUGACUUAUGAUCGUCGAAAUUUAUUUUGCAAAUUUUGUUUUUUGGAUUUCCAUAGGAAUCACUAACACAAAUAAAACAUGUGUGUUUCAAGCUCACGGAAAAACAAAUUUUCCUUCCCGGUAACAAUAAACUG